AUGCUCCCCUGCGCUCUGAGCUGCCUGUCCGUGCUGGGCGCGGCGGGCACCGCUCUCCUGUGCGCCGGCCUCCUGCUCGGCCUGGCCCAGCUCCUCUGGACCCUCCGCUGGAUGCUGAGCCGGGACCGCGCCUCCGCCCUGCCCCUGCCCAAGGGCUCCAUGGGCUGGCCCUUCUUCGGCGAGACGCUGCACUGGCUAGUUCAGGGCUCGCGCUUCCACAGCGCCCGCCGGGAGCGCUACGGGACGGUGUUCAAGACGCACCUGCUGGGCCGGCCGGUGGUCCGCGUGAGCGGCGCCGAGAACGUGCGCACCAUCCUGCUGGGCGAGCACCGCCUGGUGCGCAGCCAGUGGCCGCAGAGCGCGCACAUCCUGCUGGGCUCGCACACGCUGCUCGGCGCGGUGGGCGAGCCGCACCGGCGGCGGCGCCAGGUUCUGGCUCGCGUGUUCAGCCGCGCGGCGCUGGAGCGCUACGUGCCGCGCCUGCAGGGGGCGCUGCGGCGCGAGGUGCGCGCCUGGUGCGCGGCCCGCCGGCCCGUGGCCGUCUACGACGCCGCCAAAGCCCUGACCUUCCGCAUGGCCGCGCGCAUCCUGCUGGGGCUGCGGCUGGACGAGGCGCAGUGCGCCGAGCUGUCCCGGACCUUCGAGCAGUUUGUGGAGAACCUCUUCUCGCUGCCCUUGGAUGUGCCCUUCAGCGGCCUGCGCAAGGGCAUCCGGGCGAGGGACCAGCUGCAUCGGCACCUGGAGGAGGCCAUUGCAGAGAAGCUCCGUGAGGACGUGGCUGGGGAGCCCGGCGAUGCCCUGGCCAUGAUUAUCCACAGCGCGAGGGAGCUGGGCCACGAGCUCUCAGUGCAGGAGCUGAAGGAGUCAGCGGUGGAGCUCCUCUUCGCCGCCUUCUUCACCACCGCCAGCGCCAGCACGUCCCUGGUCCUGCUGCUGCUGCAGCACCCGGCGGCCGUCGCCAAGAUCCGGCAGGAGCUGGAGGCGCAGGGGCUGGGGCGCGCGUGCGGCUGCGGGCCGGGCGCGGGGCGCGGGCCGGACUGUGGCUGCGCGCCCGACCUCAGCCUGGCCGCGCUGGGCGCCCUGCCCUACGUGGACUGCGUGGUCAAGGAGGUGCUGCGCCUCCUGCCGCCCGUGUCCGGGGGCUACCGCACCGCGCUGCGCACCUUCGAGCUGGACGGCUACCAGAUCCCCAAGGGCUGGAGCGUGAUGUACAGCAUCCGGGACACGCACGAGACGGCCGCGGUGUACCGCAGCCCGCCUGAGGGGUUCGACCCGGAGCGCUUCGGCGCCCAGGGCGAGGAGGGGGCGCGGGGCGCGGCGGGCCGCUUCCACUACAUCCCGUUCGGCGGCGGCGCGCGCAGCUGCCUGGGGCAGGAGCUGGCGCGGGCGGUGCUGCAGCUGCUGGCGGUGGAGCUGGUGCGCACGGCGCGCUGGGAGCUGGCCACGCCGGGCUUCCCCGCCAUGCAGACGGUGCCCAUCGUGCACCCGGUGGACGGGCUGCGCCUCUUCUUCCACCCGCUCGCGCAGGCGGCAGCGGGAGAUGGGCUCUGCGGCUGA